CUUAAGUCAUGUGUGAGUCAUUCGUGUGCAUUCAUUCAAGUGUUGGUAAGGAAUUAUUGCAUUGACACACACACACGCUCAGCGGAGCACAGUGUCCAUAUAAACAAUGAGUAAGCCCAACAACAUUUUGCGGCGAAAGUCGUCACUUCAGAUCAAAGAACGACAGCUCGCGGCUGCACGCGGUGACCCCAGCCAGGGAAGGUUCCGAUACCUUGAGGAGCACGAUCCAGCACGUGACAGUAGCAGACGGCCACCCGAAACUGCAGGGGUUGUCGUAGAUCGUCAGGCGCUCACCAGCAGUAUCAGUCCCGACACUGAGCGAACUUCACGGGCCCCAGGCCGGCCUGAUGAUGCCGGUAGGGUGUGUCGCUCAUCUUCCGCAGAGAUGGCCGUGGAUAAGUAUCGCGGCGGUGGUGCCUUCCGAUCUGGUGACGACGAGGCCCCGAAACGAACCACGGCGGCUGCCGCGCAACUGACAAGACCCAUGCUGGUCAGACAAAACAGCUACGAGCUGGACUUGGCCGAACUGAAGGCAUUCUACCACCAGCAGACGGCGACUGGUCUGAUGGCACCACGUCGUCCCGUCGUGCAGCUCGACCGGAUGGCUGCACCACGAGAGUACGACCGAGUGAGGGAGUGGUUGCACAGGAGUGACUUUAGUCAAGAUCCAGACGGAGUCGGAGUCAAGCGGGAAGGAGAACACGGAACCACCGGGACGAGCGCGAGGUCC